AUGUCGAGCUCCGCCGGUGGAGGGGACUCCAAAUUGUUUGCUCGAGGCAAAGUUGCCGAGCUACGCCUCGAGCUUAACAGUGGAGGGAAAAAAGACAAGGCCUAUACAGGCAAGAAGAUUGCUCUCAAGAAGAUUGUCGCAAAUAUGACAAUGAGUAAUAAUGACAUGGUUGCCCUAUUCCCCGACAUCAUUGGAUGUAUGGGUAUCCAGAGUUUGGAAAUUAAGAAGAUGUGUUUCUUGUUUCUGGUCAAUUAUGCAAGGAUAAGACCUGAGAUUGCCGUCAAGGCAAUCCCUGUACUGGAACAUGAUAUGGAAGACCACAAUCCUUUGGUACGGGCCCUGGCUCUCCGAACAAUGUCCUACAUUCAUGUCAGAGAGUUUGUUGAGGCUACUGUCCCAAUAGUCAAGCAUAUGCUGAAGGACAAUGACCCAUAUGUGCGAAAGACGGCUGCUUUCUGCGUCGCCAAACUUUACGACCAUGACCGACAUAUGGUAGAGAACUCGGACCUCAUUGAUCGUUUGAACUCAUUGCUACGGGAUGACAACCCCACAGUUGUUGCAAGCGCUCUGGCUGGACUCAUGGAUAUCUGGGAACGCAGUGACGCCAUCAAACUUACCAUUGACUAUAGCAAUGCCUCCAAGAUGGUGGCCAUUCUCCCUGAUUGCUCCGAAUGGGGUCAGACAUAUAUCCUAGAGGCUCUCAUGUCCUAUGUGCCACAAGAAUCCGGAGAAGCGAUACUCCUAGCGGAACGAAUAUCACCACGACUGUCGCAUUCUAAUUCGUCGGUCGUGUUGACCUGCAUUCGGGUGAUUCUGUAUCUGAUGAAUUACAUCGCCGAUCAGAAGCAAAUCUCGGCUCUCUGCAGGAAGCUCUCACCACCCCUGGUCACACUUCUCGCCAAGGGUCCUGAGGUUCAGUACCUCGCUCUGCGAAAUGCUUUGUUGAUUCUCCAGCGACGGCCGGAAGUGCUCCGAAAUGAUAUCCGUGUCUUUUUCUGCAAGUACAACGAUCCCAUUUAUGUCAAGGUUACAAAGCUGGAACUUAUCUUCAUGCUUGCCAACGAGGACAACAUCGAUGAGGUUUUGACGGAAUUGCGAGAAUACGCCACUGAAAUUGAUGUCCACUUCGUCCGUAAGGCAGUACGUGCUAUCGGUAAGUUGGCAAUUAAGAUUGAGCCAGCUGCACGACGAUGCAUCAACUUGCUCCUCGAGCUUGUAGCAACCAAGAUCACAUAUAUUGUGCAAGAAGCCACGGUGGUUAUCCGAAACAUCUUCCGAAAGUACCCCAACCAAUAUGAAUCCAUCAUCAGCACUCUUUGCGAGCAUCUGGAUUCUCUGGAUGAACCGGAGGCCAAGGCAGCCAUGGUUUGGGUCAUUGGCCAAUACGCAGAUCGGAUUGAGAACAGCGACGCCUUGCUAGAGGACUUCCUGUACUCGUUCGCAGAGGAGCCUGUCGAAGUGCAGCUGGCCUUACUCACAGCUACAGUAAAACUGUUCAUCCAGCGACCUACCAAGGGUCAAGAAUUGGUCCCCAAGGUUUUGAAGUGGGCAACUGAAGAGACGGAUAAUCCUGAUCUUCGAGACCGAGCGUAUAUGUACUGGCGCUUGUUGUCUACAGAUAUGAAUGCGGCGAAGCAGAUCGUGAUGGGAGAGAAACCAGCGAUUACUGCUGAGUCAGAAAGACUGGAUGCGACGACGCUAGAGGAGAUGUGUCUGAACGUGGGAACUCUAGCAACAGUUUAUUUGAAGCCGGUGCAGACUGUGUUUAGAUCUGCUCGACCUCGUAAACUCCAGGACUCCCCCGCAUUGCAGAAGCAAAACCUUCUUGUUGCUGCAGACAGCCAAAAGAGCAUAAGCAUGUUUGGCAACGCCGGAGCGGCAACAGAUAUUGAUCCAAGAAGCCGAAACCCGACAUCAGGCAAUGGUCAAGGGGACCUCGCGCAAGCCGUCAACGACGCAGAUGCCUACUUUUCAAGUAUCGGAACGCAGCAGCAGAUGCAACCGAUGCAUGAUCAAGGGGAUGAUGUCUUUGGAGGAGGUAAUGGCCACUCGACGGGAUACGUGGUGAGCGCACAUGCACCUCAAGCAGUUCUUCAACCAGCUCAGGGUGCUGGCAGCAAUGGUGAUUUGUUAGUGCUAUAA